UUUUGAGUAAUCUUACCUUCAGGAUAAUAAAUCAAAUGGAGAUCAUCAAUGCUGAUUCAGCGAUGCUCAGCAAUUAUGAGGUCUUAACUUUGUUGAAUGACCAGAAGGCACAACGUCAAGCAAAUGAGGUUGCAGGCACACGUGAGGUCGCAGAAAACUUGCGAACAGUAGAGUUCGAGGUUCAAAAGUAUCUAAGUGCUUCACCGUGCACAACACAAUCGCCAGAGCAGAUCGUAGCACUAAAGAAAGCGCUUUCAGCAUACGAGUUGAUGAAGGUUGAACUGUUACAGAUUCUUAAUCUUCGACCAAAAUCCCCAGUUGAGUUGUUGCUGGUCAUUGAAGAAUUCGAAGAACGGUUUACGAUGGAGGAUUGUGAAGCUAUGCUUCGGAUCAUUUUGGAGUCACUGCCAAGAGACGACGACGAAGUUAUGGCUGAGGCAGAGAAUAAUGUAGAAGACCAAGAGGCAUGAUGCAGGAGAAAUUUAAC